CUAACAUAUACCGACUAUUUGGUUUGGCUUGGCGCUGGCCUUGGGCAUAACUAUUAUUCCCCGCCGUCUCUCUUUUCCAACUCGUACCCGCGUCACUGCGCCUCUCCCACCGUCUGAGCGCCUUCUUGCAUGGCAGCCGUGAUCCCUGGUUCAGCCACCAACAUCAUCCUCAGCUUGGUUUGAUCAACCACCAACGACAAUUCAGCAUCUUCCACCAUGGGUUGGGUCUUAAACGCCACCGAGGCCAUAAAUGAUGAGUCUCAAUAUCCGACCAUCAUUACCAUUUGCGUUGUUCUUUCGGUGGUUUCUAUUGCCAUCGUCGGUACCCGUCUUUGGAUACGCUUCAAAGCGCGCGGUCUUGCUAGCGAUGAUUGGAUGUCUGCUCUAUCCGUUGCCUUUGCUCUCAUCUACUCGAUUCUCUGCAUUGUCCAAACACGAUAUGGAUUGGGACUACCUAUCAAGGACCGACCCGCGGCCAGCCUGAUUCCUUACACCAGAGUCAACUUUGCAGGACGCCCCAUUUACCAAAUCGGAAUCAGCUUUUUUAAGAUUGCACUCCUCAUCAGCUAUCUGCGGCUCCUCAAAGGGACAGACCAAAAGACGUAUCGCUAUGUUGUCUUCGGUACCAUUCUGCUGGUCUUUCUGGGGCAUCUUGGCUGCGCCCUCUCCCUCAUAUUCGCCUGUAACCCUGUCGAUAAGUCUUGGAACCCCCUGAAAGCCGGAACUUGCUUGGCAGCUGGGCCUUCGUUUACAGCCUACGCGGUUGUCACCAUUGUUUCCGAUAUCGUCGUUGCUAUUCUGCCUCUGCCGGUCCUCCUGAAGCUCAACAUCCAGACGAGCAAGAAGGUCGGUCUUAUUGGCAUCUUCUUGCUUGGUCUGUUCACAACAGUCUGUUCUAUUUUGAGAUAUACACAGAUUGAUCGAAUUUCCCACGGAGAUGGCAACUCCACAAUGCUGGUGCUUUGGGGUACCAUCGAGUUCAACGUUGGCAACAUGGUUUCAUCCCUGCCAUUCUUGGCGCCAGUCUUUAUGAGGAAGGCCAAGGAGUACCGCACAAAGAACUCGUACAACAACGGAUCAUCUCAUCAGAACAGUCGAGGAGGUCCCAAGGGCGAGCACUUUAAGCUUAGCGACGUGACCACUUCCCAAGAUCACGACAACGACAAAGGUGUCAUACCUGGUGGCAAGUCAUCGAGCGAAGAAAAUAUCCUUCAGAACAGCGGCAUCAUGAAGUCUAUCACAUACAGCGUACGAGUCGACGAGGACCGCAAGCAGCCGAGGAGGCGUAACGACAGCUUCGAAGAAAAUGUUUAGACCAUGACGUUGUAUAGCAGGCCUGCAUCCUGGUUUAUGGCCGUACUACUUUCUCCUUUGUUUAAUUCCCUUUGUCUGCUUUCCUUUGUCUACGAAAGAGAUAUGAUUCCUUUUACUACUUGAUACUGGUUUACUUUACUUCUACGUUAUGGAACGUUUGUGACGCUUUGGAUUGGCUUUUAUUUUUCUCCAUAUAUCUCUUCUUGCUUCUCGCGAGGUGUUUAUUAAGGGACUCAGAGAUGUACCAAAAACAAAAUGGAGCACUGGAUUUAGAAUAGCCUCAGCGGCAAUGGAUAUAGGUAGUAUGGCUUUGAAUAGUGAAACUAUUUGGCACUUUGACCUUCUC